AUGGCUGAAUGUUUUAAUCCUAGAACUCAGAGACUUGAAUAUUGUUCAUCUCGUUUAUCAUCUUAUAUUGCUUUAGGAGUUAUAAUACCAUCAAUCAUGUUAAUAAUUAUCGUACUUGUGUAUAUCUAUAUUCGUUAUAAACAGAAACAAUUAAGAAGACAACAACAGCAAUGCGAUAUGGCAACUAUUAUUCCAAUCGAUAAUAAUGAUCAACGUCGACAACCACCAUAUAAUUAUCCAUGUCCACCUCGUUAUACAUCUAUGUCAGACGACAUAUUCGGUAAACCACCAUCUUAUGAACAAACUGUGCAGCAAUUAUCUGAGACUAAUAAUAAUAAUGAUAGUUCAACAGAACAGCCUCCUGCAAAUCCUCAAGUUACAACGACGAUAGUAUCGUCUCAUGGACCGGUAGAAUCGACGAGAAAUCAAUAUUAA